UAUUGAGACAUGACCAGAUAUUAUUAAUAGCUAUUUUAAUCAAAAGAAAAUUUAAAUAUAUUUGAACAUUAGUGACAGUGUCACUAAUGUACUUGUUGGUUUCGAUAUCUGAAGUGAGCAGAACAUGCUUAUUUGUUUACUUUUCUCUUUUCAGCUGUAGUCCCUAUUACAGCUAACUGGCUUAAAAGUCGUCUUUUCGAUUCAUUUUUGGGAUUAAUAAGAUGCAUUUAUGUCUUCAUAAAAUUUUACUGUGUUAACUUAUGUUUACAUUAUUAUUUUAGAAAUUAUAUUAAUUUACUAUGCCCUACGAAAAAAGAGAUUUUUGCUUUGCAAAUCAUCCAUAAUCGAUUAACUUCAUGGAUGCUUUUAAGAAUUUACAUUUGUACUUAUUUAUUCCUCUACUAUGUAUAGUGUUUUAUUAUUGCAUUGAAAUUUAUGUAAAUAAAGAGUUCUUGAAGCAUUUAUUUAAAAGCUCCUUUUAUAGAAAUGGGGAAAUACCUCUUUCAGAGUUAUAUUCUUCUGUAAUUUGUCGAGGAACCAAUCACACUGAUAGAAUUUGUCAUUUCAAGCAUUUAUGUUACGAUCCUCAAUCUAAAUCGUUUGUUUUUCUUCAUAAUCAGAAAUCAAUACGAAGUGGAUUACCUCAUGAUAGAUUUUCUCCCACUUUAAUCGAUUUUUCGUCUGUUGAUGAUCAUAAUACUCAGUAUUUCAAUUUCGUUGAAUUACCCGACACAUUUAUAUCUAAAUUUAAUAUCUCCUACUUGAAAGGAAACUUUCUGAUAUUCAAACGUUUCAAUCCCGAAAAUUUAAUGCAUGUAUUUCACGACGAUCUCUUACCUUCUUAUUCUACUUUAACUGAAUUAUAUACAAAUAGAGAAAUUGAGGAAGGCAUUGUAUCAUUUGUAUUUGCUGAUGACCGGGAACCUGGUCCUUAUCGACAUAUUUAUGAAAAUUUUCUCUAUAAGAAACCACUUUACAUUAAAUUGCUUUCAAAAGAAUAUUUAUAUUGUUUUGAGAGAACUCAUAUUGGACUAAAUAAAUAUUCAACAUGGUAUCAAUAUGGCUUUAGGAAACCUCAAGGUGCUCUACCAAAAUCUAAUUUGGAAAUAUCUCCAAUAAUUUUGGCUUUCCAAGAAUAUUUCCAACAAAAAUUCUCGUUAAAAUCGCACGAAGAAAAAAAAUGUGCAGUUUUAUUAACAAGAAAACGCAAUAGGCGACUUUUAAAUGAAUAUGAAAUAAAACUGAGUAUUUUUGAAACUUUAGGAUUAGAUACAUUUGUUAUGAAUCUGGAAGAAAAUUCAGUUUUUCAAAUAAUUGAAAAAAUCAUGAAGUGUCAAAUUAUGGUUGGAAUCCAUGGAUCUCUUUUAAUUUUGUCACUGUUUUUAAAAAAGUUUUCAGUCUUGCUCGAAAUAUUUCCAUAUGGUGUUCCUUCAAAUAUCAGUACUCCGUAUAAAACUCUAGCUGAAAUACCAGGUUUAAAUUUAAUUUAUAGAGCCUUGGAAAAUAAACUUGAAAAGAAUUCUGUACCUCAUCCGGAAUAUCCACCAGAACUGGGAGGUAUUUUGCACCUCUCUGAUUCAGAACAAAGUAAAAUUAAAAAUUCAUUUGUUUCCCCUUUUCUAUGCUGUGAUAAUCCAAUAUGGCUGUACAGAAUAUAUCAAGAUACUUUUGUUGAUAUCAUAUCAUUUAAAAAUGCUUUGAUUGAAACUCAAAAUGAAAAAAAUCAAAGUCAGCUGAAAAGAGAAAUUGUGCACUAUAAUAUUUACCCUAGUACAGUGCGUGACUGUGUUUGCAAUAUUUCUAUGGAUAGUAAAACUUUGACAUUAUAUUGGGAAGUACCAUGGAAUAUUGCUUUUAUGAAUGUCAGUUACAUUGAAUAUGAAAUAUGGGUUCAGGAUACUAGCAAUGAUGAUGUUCAAGCAUUUAUAACCAAGAAAAACUAUUUUUAUUUGAAAGCAGAAUUAUUUGAGAAAACAUAUUAUGUCUGGAUCAGAUGUUAUUCAAAUGGUCUAAUUGGACCCUUUAAUUCAUCACCAUUAAUAUGUCCCUAAUUCAUGUAAAUAAAAACAAAAUAGUAUGCAAUUUUUUUGUUAUAUUUUUCAAAUAGCGAAAUGGAAGGUUGGCAAUUUCUUCCUGGGCACAGUAAGAAACUGGAUGAAAUGCAGGAAAUUAAAAAAGACUAAUAUAAUUGUUUAAAAGUAAUUAAAUUUAAUUUAGUGACAGAGAGUUUAAAGUUUUUCAUAUAUACUUUGGUUAAAUAAAGUAUUUUCAUAUUAUUUAAGACCGAGUAUGAAUAUUCAUACUUAAUGGUAUAUUUGGUUAUAAAAAUUAGUUGACUAUUUGUAAUUGUGAAUUCUAAUAUGUGUUUUUUAGUAUUGUUUAUGUUUAGAAUGUGAUUUGUUUUAUUUUAUUUUUAACAGUUCUUCAUAAAAUUAUAGAACAAGGUUUUACUAUUCUCAUUCACAUAAAACAUUUAAAAAAUACAGUCAUUUUAAUUUCUCUAGAAAUUUGAUAUUUUUUUUCUUUCUAAUUGUU